AUGUACUUCUUCCUCCUCAACCUCUCCCUCCUUGACCUGGGCUGUAUCUCCACCAUCGUCCCCAAGUCCAUGGCUACCUCCCUGUGGGACAACGGGGCCAUCUCCUACACAGGAUGUGCUGCACAACUCCUUCUGUUUGCCUUCUUGGUAGCAGCAGAAUAUUGUCUCCUCACCAUCAUGUCCUACGACUGCUAUGUUGGCAUCUGCAAACCCCCGCACUACGGGACCCUCCUGGGCAGUGGAGCUUGUGUCCACAUGGCAGCAGCUGCCUGGAGCAGCUGUUUUUUCUAUGCUGUGCUGCACACGGCCAAUACAUUUUCAGUACCGCUUUGCAAGGGCAAUGCUGUGGAUCAGUUCUUCUGUGAAAUCCCCCUGAUCCUCAAGCUCUCCUGCUCAGACACCUACCUCAGGGAAGUUUGGCUUCUUGUGGUUAGUUUAGCUUUUGGGUGUUUUGUGUUCAUUGUGCUGUCCUAUGUGCAGAUCUUCAGGGCCGUGCUGAGGAUCCCCUCUGAGCAGGGACGGCACAAAGCCUUUUCCACGUGCCUCCCUCACCUGGCUGUUGUCUCCCUGUUUGUCAGCACUACCAUGUUUGCCUACUUGAAGCCCCCCUCCAUGUCCUCCCCAUCCCUGGACCUGAUGAUGGAAAUGCUUUACUCAGUGGUUCCUCCAGCAGUGAACCCCCUCAUCUACAGCAUGAGGAACCAGGAGCUCAAAGAUGCACUGAAGAACCUGAUUCAAUCAGUCUUUCAGCAGCAAUAA